CUGUGAUCCACCUCGCGACCAGCACCAACAACAACCGACCUCCUACCAUCCUUGUACCCGCCGCGACCCUUUUCUCGUCACUCACUUACAUCGUCUUGACUCACUCGAUCACAAGCCGAAGAUCUUUUAAAAGCCGCAUCUACCUACCAUGUCGACCGCAACAGCGACGGCGAUUCAGAGCUCUCGCCCUCCCAUCGCUUCCAAAGACUUCUCCGCUCAGCAACCACAAACCAUUCGUCUAUAUCCUCUCUCGAAUUACACGUUCGGGACCAAGGAGACGCAACCCGAGGAAGAUCCCUCCGUCCUGGCCCGCCUGAAACGCCUCGAAGAACACUACGAGAAAUAUGGCAUGAGACGUACCUGCGAGGGUGUUCUUGUGUGUCAUGAGCAUAACCACCCGCAUGUGCUCAUGCUGCAGAUCGCGAACGCCUUCUUCAAGCUACCCGGAGACUACCUUCCCUUCGAAGACGACGAGGUCGAAGGGUUCAAGAAGCGGCUCAACGAGCGGCUUGCGCCCGUCGGAUCGCAGUUCUCCGGCGAGGGCGUCAACGAGGACUGGGAGAUCGGCGAUACCCUGGCGCAGUGGUGGCGGCCCAACUUCGAGACGUUCAUGUACCCAUUCCUGCCCGGCCAUGUGACUCGACCCAAGGAGUGCAAGAAGCUGUAUUUCAUCCAGCUGCCCAAGAAGAAGGUCCUCUCCGUCCCGAAGAACAUGAAGCUUCUCGCCGUGCCGUUGUUCGAGUUGUACGACAACACUGCGCGGUACGGGCCGCAACUGUCGGCCAUCCCGCACCUGCUGUCCCGGUACAACUUCGAGUUUGUGGACGAGAACGACAACGUGGUGGCCGCGACGCCAGGCACACCGCUGCCGGAGGGCCACGCGCUCCGGACUAAGGUCCUGGCGGGCGACAGUGGUGAUGGGCAGGAUGAGGGGAUGACGGAUUACACUCCUGAGGGUGGGGAGAAUGGCACGGUCGCUGCGUGAGAGAGUCAUUGUGAUUUCUUUCCGAGGCUCGACAACCAAGGUGUGUCCUUUUGGCCCUCUCCAUCCCGCCUCUUGUCCUUUCAGGGAUCUAUGAGGAUAGUGGGUAAGUGUGCUGUCCGUGGAGAGAGACAUUCUUCCCCAGUCUGGAAACAACUCCGAUGCGUAGCAAGGGUUGGCAGUGCUGCAUGGGCUGAGACCGACAAUCCUGCGAAGACUUCCCUCCUGCCCUUCCCCCCACAGCUUAGCCUCGCGGGCUCAUUCCUUGCUUGACCGGGUUUCUCUUCUUGCUUUCUCUAUGCUCUUCCGGUUGCAAAAAUAAAGAUACGACGAUGUUCCCCCCCAUCUGGAUGGCGUUUUCAAAGGAGCGAAUAUAUUGCGAUUGUGAUUGUGAUUUCUAAUAUGAG